AUGGAGCAAAGAUCUCUUUCAUCCAAGGCUCAAUACACAGAAACAGAGGAGAUCAUAUGUACACAACAUUAUCCCCAGGAGGUUUCAUCCUUUGUUGUUGUCUCCUCUGUGGGAGUACGUGGAUUGGAUGAGUCUAUCUCUACACUCCCGUUGGUGGUGGAACUCAUCGUUUCUGGACGUUCAUAUGUAACUAACACACUUAUGCCACUCGCCUCAGCAGAGAAGAAACACACAGACCAGGAGGGGAAUUCACAAGAAAAAAAAGAACAAGAACCAUGUAGAAGAGACACUAAAGGGGGAUCUAUAUUAGGACUUGAACCCCUUCGUAUUAUUCUUCCUAUCGAAGCUACAAGGAGAAAAAGUAUUAUACGCCAAACAGCUGCAGGUCCUCACUUUGUAAAUGGUGGGGAGGCCGCAUCUCUCUCACAAGGAGGUGUUCACGUUGCCCUACGUACUGUGGGAAGUUCAACUCCUUUGGGGACUGCAGUCUGUUAUUACCCUGGUGAUUGGUUUCCAUUAAGUACAUGUGGAGGUGAAGUGCAAGUACAGUUUAAGGUUUGCUUUCAAAAUGACAGUAGUAUUAGGAGCAGUAGAAUUCAAGUUCAACGAGAGGUAUUUGGACAAGAAUAUUCUUAUCAUAAUGGAAUGGAAGGUCCAAUGAUUUUCAGUCAACCGAAACACUCAAGUAUAAACUCUUUGUCAGGAGAAAUGGAAGAUUGUAAUAAACACUCUUGCAGUUUUUCUGGAGCAGCACGUCAGGCACAUUCUGCAAAUGUCACUCCAAAAGGUUCUUUAAAGACUCGUAAGAAUAAAAUAUCAUCAACUUCUCUUUUUGGUAAUGACUGUCCCAAUGGACCUAGUUGUUGUUUUUCCAAUACGUCGUAUGAUUUGCCGCAUCUCUCCGUCAUGAGUUCUAAUGAUGCCUCUUUAAUGCAUUCCCACUCCCCACAAUCGGGAAGACCAUCUACGGGUGAUUACAAUAAUGCAGCUCUCUAUAGUGAGAAGAAAUGUAAUCCUCAACAUGCACGAAUGCGUGAGUGUCAACCACGCAGUCUUGUUUUUUCUGAUAUUCGUGUGAAAGGGUUUACACCUCUCUCAUCCCAUGGUAAUUGGCGAUUGGUUUUCUCCUGGCCGCAUCCCAAACUAUCUCUUAGAAAGCGAAUCCUAUGGAUUCCAUUAGAGGUGGAUGAGGCCGGGGCGGCUGUGCUAGAGGAUACCAUUUCCAUUGAUCUCCCGCUCUUUAUGCGGGGUGAGAUGCAAACCUGUGUGUGUGCGGUGUGGACUGGCGACAGUGGUGAAGGCAUGCGAACACACGUGGAAGUACAAGUGGAGUUUGAUCCCUUUGUGGUGUUGGUGCAGGAGAGUGAAGGGUGUUGGAAAGAAGAACGGCAUCACAAGUUGGCCCUUGCAGAUCGUAUGCCUAUGCAUAUACCGGAGUUGAGUAUACAAGUGGUGGUGAAAUUGCAGUUUUAUGAACCCCAGCGGGAUGGACGGAAUGGACGGCCCACAAGUGCCUUCCCUCGUCGUCGCUCAAAACCCUCCGCAGACUCGGAAGAAGAAUAUCAUAAUAAUAAUAAUAAUAAUAAUAAUAAUAAUAAUCAUAAUAGUAGUAGUAAUAAUAACAGUAAGAGUAAUAAUAAUAAUAAUAAUAAUAAUAAUAAUAAUAACAGCAGCAGAAGUAGUAGUAGCAGGAGACGUAAUAGUGGGGAUACUAAAACUCCAGUACGAACAGAGACACUCACACGAAACCCCCAAUCAGGGUUAAAACAAAAACAGAAACAACAAGAACAACAACAACAACCACCACUACGACAGCAACAAUUAUUAGAUCAACAACAACAACAAUAUCAUCGACAGAGACAAUUAUCAGAACUAUUACAAAAACAACAACAAGAACGACAGAAACAAUUAUCCGAACUAUUAAAACAACAACAACGACAACUACAAGAACUACAACGAAAACAACAAGAAUACACGCAUAGGAGUCCCUCACCUUUCUUACGGCAACAAGAUACAGGUCUUUUUCCCAAUAUUCAAGAUCUUGUUCCCUGUUAUACUGAACAACGACGACACGCUGUCUUUAAAGCAUAUGAUAAGGCACAUCGUGGAUAUAUUACACGAGAACAACUCUUACACUUUUGUCGUGCCCAUGUUGCUCUCUUUAGUAGCGAACAAAGUGAUUUGAGUAUUCUUCGUAGAGUAUAUCCAUAUGUGCCUGGUUUGGCCCGUCGUUCUUCCGGCCUCUUUACUUCUCCAGCCGUACAAACUCAGCGGAAUAGUCUCAAGGAGGGAGAGACCACUAUGGAUGAGGGAAACACACAACCGAAAGAAACAACAAAACGAAAAUCCUCAUCUUUUGGCCUCUCUGCAGAGGAACCAAUGGCAGCAGCAGCAACGGCAACUGCAGCAACUACAGAAAUAGUGAAAAAGUUACCAGAGUCGGAUUCGGAAGGUAUUCCAUAUGGUGUGUUUGAGAUUAUCGCACUCCGUCUUGCCAGCAUGUAA